AUGAGUGAAACGAACGGUGAUGCUACUGCCCAACUUAGGUCUACGACUCCGACAUCAGAAGUGGGAUCUGGAUCGUCUACGGGACUUUUCUCUGAUCAAUUCAGGCUUUUGCUAGAAAUGCAAAAUCGAAAUCUUGUGGAGUUAAUGAAAGCAGUGACUAAACCAUCCUCAGUGAGUCGAAGUGUUUCGCUACCUAAGUUCUGUCCGGAAAAUUCAAGUGCGGAUCCCACCGCUUGGUGCUCAACGGUGGACAUGUGUUUAACGGAACGACCCUUGGAAGGCAGUGCCCUUAUUAUCGCACUUAGCUACGGAUCGGUUUCGCCGCGGACGUCCUGGGGCAAGAUGGUGACCAUCAUCUACGCCCUCAUAGGCAUCCCCUUGAUGCUGCUCUACCUCUCCGCCACUGGCGACGUCCUGGCCAGGAGCUUCCGAAGACUAUAUGGCAAAAUGUGCGGUACUUCGCCACAGAAAUUGCAGUGCCCUUGCUCGAACACGGUCAGAGUUCCGGUGACACUGUGUCUGGUCAUCGUGCUGGCCUACAUCUGCUCUGGAGCGGUCCUGUUUCAUCGAUUAGAGAACUGGUCACUUUUAGAAGGUAGCUACUUCUGCUUCACCAGCCUGGGGACGAUAGGUUUCGGCGAUCUUCUUCCGGGCCAAAAAGCAGAGGACGUUUCGCUGUGCGCGUGCUCCGCCUAUAUCCUGACCGGCAUGGCCUUGGUAGCGAUGUGCUUCAGUCUGGUUCAGGACGAAGUUCUCAGCUUACUCAGGUACCUUGGGGCGACGUGUUCUAAGAACGAGAUGAAAACCAAAGACGAAGAAAACGCGAUACAAGGAUCCUGA